AGACCUGGCAAACUUGCUACACACCUUUCUCCAGAAAGUUGUGGGUCGCAUCGUUUUUCUUUUCUUUUACCAACCUCAAAUCUGAUCAGGACAGGACAUUGAACGUGGACAGCGCUCAGACCACCACCACGAGGAAGUCAAUUUAUGUCGGUUUUGUGGACUUUUGGCAAAUAUGUAUGAGUUCAUUUUAGAUUCAUUCUAAAUAUGUUGUACUCUGUACACUGUCACUCGAAGUUAGUUUCAUUUUCGUUAUGAAAUUCGCAAUCAAAUUCACAGUUUAGUCUAUAUAGUUAUAUAAUGCUAAUUAAUUGUAGACAGCUUUUUAAAUAGCCUACAAUGUUUCAGUUAGUUGUGAGCAAUAUAUAACUAUUUACAAAGAUAGGCUACUUACAAAUGGUCUGUAUCAAUGCGUCGAGAAAGGUACGUCUCAGUCAUUUUAACUUCUAGCUUACACCCUUUCAACAGCCUGAUCCUACCACUUUGUUUGGUAAAUUGAGGGUGGCUGACAUGUAACCACUCUCAAAUCAUAGUAAUGUUUAUAGUACGGUUUAUUUUAUCUUGUAGGCCAACACAUUUGCAGUUUAAAGCUGAAUUGCAGUAUAUAGACACAAAUGAAGAGUAAGAGGAAAAACAUGAGUUUCAGAUCAUGGGGAAAUGAAGAGCAAUGGAUGAAGGGUUGACUUAUUGACGCAGUUGGGUGUGAUUGGAGGGGACUAUCAAUGGUCUGAACAUAAUACAUAAACAGCUGUGGAUAGGCUAAAAGCAUUGACGGUGUAUAUUAGUCCCCCAUGAUGAGGAUCGGUCUCCGUCUGUCCGUCCUUCAAUUAAUCACACGAUAUCUCAGACAGCACUGGCACGAUUUUGACGAAGCUUGGGUGAAUGGUGCGUCUUGCCAUAGAGAUCUGGCAUUUACAAAAUUACACUGAUUGCCCGAAGGCGGGAGCUAUAAUAAUUUGAGAAAUCAUGACAUGGAGUACAAGGAGUGGAUUAGCUAAAGAGAUGGGCUAACUGUCUUCCAUUUUUUUAAGACAUUUACCGGUAUUGUCGUUGUUAGAGCGGGUACUUGAGUAUUUGGUCAAUAUAAUGGAUAAUCUGUGGUCACACGCCGUAACUAAAAAGUGUUAGUCACACACGAUAUCUCAAUACAGUCAUAUCUUCGGUUAUGAAAUGAUUGUAUGCAGUUGUACUAACCUCAAGUCAUUUAUAAAUUAUACUAUUCAAGAGUCAGUCAUUAAAAUGAGCAGCAAAAAAAAUUACAUUCAGUAGAUUUGGGUUCAAAGUCAGAAGGAAAAAAUAUCCUAGGCCUAAAUGAAAGUGGGAUAAAGGGAUUAAAACAAUUUUAGUAGUCGGCUACGGUGCACGGAUGACAUGGCAAGCACCGAACAGUCUGCGGUUGACUAUAUCCAAAAUGGCAGAAGCCUUCUUGUGGAUAGCCUUGAGAACCCCUCCCUGGUAAUUGACCACUUGCAUAAGCACAUGGUGCUCCAUCAGGAGGAGGUCUCUUACCUGUCCUCCAUGUAUGAGAAGUCUGAUAGAUCCAGAAAAAUGCUGGACAUGACUGUUUGCAAAGGGGAGGCUGCGUGCUAUGAGCUUUUAAAGAUAUUGUACACCACCAGGAAAGUUUCACUAAAACAAGAUAUGCAUUAUUGGAUCAGCUGCUUUUCUUUCAGAGAUGACCCAAAGCUAGAGUGACUUCACUCCUACCGAUUCCAAACCUUGCUUCAAGUACAUGAGGCAGUUGAAAUUGAAAGCGAUUCGGAUUUGUGAGGCAAGACGAAAAAAGUGCAUGUAUUGGCUAAAAAAGAGUUGUACAUUGAAACCAUUCACAUACAUACCUCUUGUUUUGGACCCAGACAGAAGUGUGUUUCAAAAAAGCAAGAUCUCCAAAAGCAAGGCCUACAAAAAAUCUCGCUCAAAAAAACUUCAAACUUACAUUCCAGCAUUCAAGAGAAAAUUAUCCCCUGAUAAUUUACUGACAGGAAAUGAGAAAAAAAUUCUGCUGGUUGGAAAACCUGGGAUAGGUAAGACUACAGUUGCCCAGGAGAUGUUGAAUCUUUGGGCACAAAAAGAGGACAAUGCGGUGAGCUACAUGUUUUACUUCAAUGAAUCCUUGAUGAGGUCUAUGUCCCACUCUGAUGACCCCACGACUCUGAAGUCACUUUUGUUUGGCAAAUAUGUCAAACCAGAGGAAGGGAUUGAGGAGAUUUUGCAAGAUAUUGAACAGAAUUCUGAAAAUGUCAUAAUUGUGUUUGAUGGAAUCAUGGACACAAUCAGCAAUUCUGUAGUGAAGCGCAUUUUAGAGAAAGACCUUCUGUGUGAUGCUAAGAUUGUGACCACAUGCAGACCAGAGGCAGAAGACUGUGGGUUUUUGUCUGACUGGCCAUCUUAUCGAGUGGAAGUACACGGAUUCAAUGACGAGUCAAUCAGUUCUUUCUUUAGGUGGAUGUUUGAUACAGAUGAGGAUACCAUUUGUAGAAUUUUGAAUAACCCUGAACUCUUUAGUCUUUGUCAUGUCCCAAUGUACGCCUUCAUAGUGACUGCCUGCAUCUGUUUGAGUGUUUCCGAAGCUAAAGAUCAUCCCUGCACAGUAACAGAAAUGUACGUACAGAUCUUGCGAGAUAGCUUGAAAAUAUGCAAUGACCAAACUACAGAACACCUGGAUAAAUACAUGCAUCACCAAAAGCAGGCCCUCAGGUCUCUUGCGGAAAGCGCUUACCAAGCAAUGCUGGGUAAAACAGUCAACGUGACAAGAUUGGAUGGCGAAGACCACAGUGUGCUAGAUGCUUUCCUGACGUCAUCUGCUGCCAAGGACACAACAUCAUCUUGGGCUUUUCUCCACAACACAAUGCAGGAGUUUUGGGCCUCUGUUUUUCAGUUGAUGACACCAGACAAAAUCACCCAAGUCCUUCAGCAGUGUCAGACCGAAGAAGGAAAGUACUUGAAGCACAUUUUCUCGUUCUUGUGUGGACUUUCUAGUCAGUCCAGUAACAUGGUUGAAUCAAUAAAAUUCUUGAUUUCUGAGGAAGAGGUGAGAGAACUAUCUGACCAGUACAUUGAAAAGAUCAUAGACUCAUUCAUCUACUGUGAGACACAGCAGGACCCUGAUGAAUCCAAUUCAGAUGUUGAUGUGGAAAAUCUCCUCUUCAUUUGUCAGUGCUUGUAUGAGCACCAGUCACCUGAGGCCUGCUUACUCCUCCUAGAAAAAGUGGGCUACGAGUUUAAUCUCAGUGGAGAACAGCUUGAUCCUCAACAGUGCUGUGCAGUGUCAUAUGUGAUCAACCAAUCCAAAGACAGGAAUGUUCGACUGGAUCUGGAGGACUGCUCUUUGUCAGAUCCAGGACUAAGGCUCAUUCUCAGGGCUUUGGAAAAUCUCACAAUGCUCAGAUUGGAUUCCAUUACACAACUGCAGAUGUGGAAAGUUGCACUUCGCUCUGGCCUACAGAGUGACUGUGACAAUUUGCUGAGACUGUGUGAGUCUGAAAUUCACCUGUCAGUCCAAGAGCAAGAGGUGUGGAAGCCAGCAGAAGAGGUCCUGAAGCAGAAGAGACCAGAACAUAUUCACCUCUGUCUACAUGUUGGUCAAGGCACCCAGCAUAUUACCACAUCAUCAAUGAAAAUCAUCUUUGACUGUUUGUCAAACAUUGCCGAUAUCAGGUUCAUUGCACUCAAUGAUCAAAAAACACAUUCAUGGAAUGAGGAAGUGAAGUCAUUCCAGAUGGAUCUUUACAUACAAGGAGCUCUCUAUGAGAUGACGACAGGACAGAAACGUGUUGAGGGUCUGCGCCCUGUGCUUGCUCAUUUGAUUCACUCUGACUCUAUAGAGGAACAGAGCAAAUUCAUGGUUCGUCUGUACUCAAAGGCCCAUGACACGCAGGAAGGCAUUCUACCGGUGUUGCAGCCUGUUUUCCAGACAACUCCUGCGGUAUGGUACAUAGACCUCUCUGAGAAAGGAACCUCUGGCGUCCUUGAGGUGCUGAAAUUCCAGAAUGUGAAGAAACCAGUUGAGUUGUGGUGGUCGGAUGAAGAGAGCGAGAGGGAAUUGGCCAUUUUCCUUCAGUGUCUACCCUACGUCUCAGAGCUGAGAUUCAAUGACUGCAUUCCAAACACCAAUGAUGCUAUCAAGGUGCUUGUGGAUCUCUUCAUCUGUGCAGCAACGUUGGAAGGAGAGACACUAAAGAUGCUUUCAUCAGUAUGUGGAUACUCAGCUUUCCCCUUUGCUGAUCGUGACAAUGCUGGACAGUGUGCUUUUCUGUUAGAUCUGUACUCACAUGUGAGCGACUACGAGACUCAAACAGGCAGAAGUAUCCUUCCAGCGUUACUGCCACUUUACCAGACAGCUCCUGCAGUCUGGUCCAUAGACCUCUCUGAGAGAAAGGCCUCCCUCCUCCUAGAAGUGCUGAAACUCCAACCAGAGAAGAAACCGGUAGAACUGAGGGGCUGGUCAGCUGACGAAAGUGACGUAAGGAGUUUCCUUCAGUGUCUACCCUACAUCUCGUACCUCAGGUUUUUCUACAGACAGGAUGAGGGGGAGCUUCCUGAGGAGUGGAGGAUCACAUUUUUUCCACGGCUUUGUUGUUUCCUUUUGAAAGUGUUUCUUCAAGGAGCUGUUAAUGACAUAUUGACAGGACAGAGGUCUGUUGAGGCACUCCUGUCUCUUCUGGGGUUAGCGCAUUCAUAUGACUCUACAGGGAAGUGUAUGCUUCUGUUAGAUCUGUACUCGCAUGCGAAGGACUAUGAGAUUCAAACAGGCAGAAGUAUCCUUCCAGCUUUACAGCCAAUUUACUGGUCAACUCCUGCAGUCUGGUCAAUAGACCUCUCAGAGAGAAAGGCCUCCCUCCUCCUAGAAGUGCUGAAACUCCAACCAGUGAAGAAACCAGUAGAGUUGAGGGGCUGUUCAGAUGACGAGAGUGACGUGAGGAGUUUCCUUCAGUGUCUACCCUACAUAUCAUACCUCAUUUGUGACUGCCAGUUCUUCCUGUCGAUGUGUGAUGAACUCUCUGUGGGUUCUGAGGGAGAUGCACUGCUAUCCCACUCUCUCCUCCAGGCCCUACAGUACACUCUCACAUUGUCAGGGUGGUUGCCCAGUGUAAGCUGCGAGGCAGUAGGAGCAGUCCUAGGCCAGUCUACUGCUGACGAUGAGCUGGACGUCACUCUCACCCCACAGAGUAUCUCUCUCCAAGGAGCUAAACUUCUCUUCGAACAAGUGAAAGAGCUUCACAAGCUUAGAAUGAAUGAAAUGGCAACAGUGAAGCUAGCUAGGAUGUCACUUUUGUGCAAAAGGCCAAUGAUCGUUAAGGAGCUGACCCUGGUCUUAUCUAGGCCAAAUCCAACAGAACGGGUGCAGUGUAGAGUGAUCAGUAGUUUAGCUUCACUACUGAGAGUGUGGACCAUAAGGAGCUUGGAUCUGACAGACUGUCCCAUCGAGGGUUACCUUCUUGCUACCCUGUUGUGUCAUCAGGGUCCGCUCACUAUCAGACUAAGUGAGGAGAUUCUGCAACAGCUGGCAGUUGUGGUAUAUGAGGCUCAGAAUGAGGAACUGACCCAGUGCUUCCUGGAGAAGGUUGAUGGAGACCUGUCUAACUGUAGACUGGACUGGGAUGUGCUUCACUACCUGCUGAAGAGCACCACACAACGCAUCACCAUCAACCUCAGAAGGAGCAGAAUCAGACAGCAAGACAUGCCUCAUCUUCUCCCGUUCCUGAAUAAUAUUCACUUUCAAAGAAUGAAUUCCCACUUUGAGAGGACAGCUCUGAAAGAAAUACACAAGCAACGUGCUGGUCACAUGGUGACUACUUUAGUGAGGUCAUCAGAUGAAUGGAUCAACUUGAACAACCUGGUCUUGAAACAUGAUGACUGUGAAGCACUGCGCUUUGCUUUACACUACAGUGACGGGGUAAAACUCAACCUGUUGUGGACCGUCAUUCCAAAGGAGGAGAUGGGGAGGAUUCUGACUCUUCUGCACAGGGUCUCUGAACUCAGGGUAGACAGGAAACUACUCCUGGAGCUCCUCCAUGCCUGGACAGGAUUGAUAACACAAACAGAGGCACCCGCUACGCUGUUGAGGGUUCUGGAUCACAAACUGGACCUCUCCUGCUCUUCUGCCAUGGAUCUGUCAGGGCAGGAGGAUGAUACUGUUUUGAGCCUCAGUUCUGGGGACUGCAGGGCCAUCUCUGCAGCCAUCGACAAAGCUGAUGGUGACACAGAGCUGAUUCUACACGACUGUCAGGUUGAGGAUGCAGGACUAGAGGAGUUUUACAAAGAGUCCAUUUUACAAAGAGUCCAUUUGAGCCUUGGAAAACCUAUUUUGCUGCAGCUCCUUCACCUGAUAUUUGUGGGAGAUGGAGGCAGGUCAGAGAGACUUGCUCCACUACUAUCCAGAGCCCUGGGGAAGGAACUGGAUCUCAGUCAUACCCCGUUGGACCUGAUGGCCUGUUCAUCACUGGCAUUGAUUCUGGAGCACUCAGAAGGGCUUUCAGAGCUGGACCUCAGCGACUGCCAUCUCACCGACACACAUCUGGAGUUUCUGCUCACACAUCUGCACAAGGCACAAGUGCUAAAUCUGUGCAAUAAUGAAAUCACUGAUGAAGGAGCUGUGAAACUUAACCUAUAUAUGAUUGGAAACAGCUUUACAGAAACUGUAUGGCUUUGCAACAACAAGAUCACUGAGUUUGACAGCUUCUUGGCGGAUAAACGUUACAAACUUUGGCCUGCUCACGUGUCUGGAAUGCAGGACCGACACGUCACAAACCUGGGCUCUACCUCUGUGAGAGAAGAGACCUCUAAAGUUUUUUCAAAGACCAAACCCAUUAUUAAAGAAUUUGACCCUGAGAUAGUUGAAGAAGUUGAAGAAAGCAAGAUUUCCUACAGGUUCCAGUGUGGGUUUCGUGGCAAGUUCCAGUGCAGCGCUACAGGGCUGGUAUUUGGGAUGAGGGAGCCAGGUACCGUGGAGUAUAGUGUGGAACACUGGGACAUGCACAUGCUUGCUGACACUGACUCUGAGCCUGCAUGUCCUGUGUUUAAGAUCAGCUGUCCAGAGGGACAUAUGUACCAACUGCACCUUCUUCACUGCGAGACUGAGGUCUACGCAGCUGAGGCUUUGUCUGUGGCUCACAUAUGCAGCAAUAGUCUGGAGAUUCUGGUACCUAAUAGGGUGACACAUUCACAUGUGAUUAUAAACAUCAAUGGGCUCUCCAGAUGGACUUUGUUACGCCGCAAGCCAAAAACGAAAAAAAGAAUCAAUGGGCAGGUGCUUCUUUUCCUGGAGCUAAACGUUACAGAAGGACAACACAGGCUCUGGGUUUACCUAUUGUCCCGCAAUGUGCCAUACACUGAGGUAAUGAAGCGAAAUAAGAAGCUGGAGUUCAUCCGUGCUUGCUCUGACUGCUACCUAAGGCCCGAAGCCCGAUACAGAGUGACCUCAGACCUCGAACAGGGCUUCAGCGUCCAUCCCAAGGGGAAAUAUUUGCAUAUUCAUAGUGGCCCAGAUCAACAUGCCACAUUUACUGUCUUCUUGGACAGUAAAGUUACCAAAUUGAAGCUGAUGAUUCAGGAGCUCAAGAGGAUGGGGAAAAAGACGGCGUGGAGAAGCCAAUGGUUUGAACCAAUAUUUCUAAAGCCAGGCAGCAAUCUCACAGAGUCAGACUGGCUGCAGAAUCUGUGUCGCAUCCUGGAGCACCUGUCAGCCAAGGAGAUCAAGAGGCUUAAGUUUCUAGUUAGAACCUCAAAGGAACUCCCACAGCCCAGUAUCUCCAACAAUGACCUGGAGUGCAUGGAGGAGGUUCACGAUCUUGCAGAGCUAAUGGUAAAGACCUGGGGGAUGAAUGGCUCCCUUUUAGCCACCCAAUCGCUCAUGAAAGAACUGCCACGCAGAGACGAACCAGUGACAUCCUUGCUGAUGCCCUUCCUGGAGCAAUGUGUGGCGCUAAAGGGGGCGUGAGAGUCAGUGGUGUGAACAGCCUUAAAGGACCUUGGGAAGAUGCUUUCCAUCAGGGUUCUAUACUAGAAGCAUCAGGAAAAGGAAAGUAGAAGAGAACUUUCACACUGUUUUGGCUGGAGGCAACAAAAACCCUAAGGAGAAGGCAGACACAUUGUUGAACAAAUGUCAGAUAAUGAGGUUCAUUGUGUUAUUUGCUCAGAUUUGUGCUCUUGACAAUGACAAAUGUCUCCACUGUGUACUUGGUUAAAAAAUAUGUAUGUGUGUGUUCAUAUUUUUAAGCAUUCAAAUGUACUUUAUAUAAUGUCAAUAUUUUCUACCUGUAUGAUAUUGUAAAGUUGCUCAGAGUUUUUACAAUUGUUAUUUUUGUUCUAGUCCAAUAAACAUUUUUUUUUAAACGAAUAAGUUAUUUUUCUUAUGAGUUGACAUCACAGUCUCUCUAUCCAUUUUUUUUUAAACAUGCUGUUUUAUUGAAAGACUACUAAAGGAAGCUUAUUGGUGUAACGGCCGUCGUUCAAAUGAGACCAAGGUGCAGCGGAGGAUGUGUUCAUCUUCAGGAAUUUAUUAAAGAAAGAACACGUUAGACAAAAACAAGAAACCGACAGCCAAACAGUCCUGUCAGGUGCAAACACUAAACGGAAACAAUUACCCACAAAACCCAAAGGAAAAACAUGCUCCUUAUGUGUGACUCCCAAUCAGCAAAAACGAGCUUCAGCUGUGCCUGAUUGGGAGCCACACGGCCCAAAACAAAGAAAUACAAAAACAUAGAGAAAGGAACAUAGAACGCCCACCCAAUGUAACACCCUGGCCUAACCAAAAUAAAGAACAAAAAACCCCUCUCUAUGGCCAGGGCGUUACAAUUGGGUCCAAGUGAAGAGAAAUUAAUUAACAGGCACAGGUGGUGGUACUUGUAAUUUUUUUUGUACAAUAGUGUCGUGGAAAUUCUUACACAGGGACACUCAAAGUCAAUCUUAAAUGAAUCCUCCUUUAUUUGUCAGCGCGCUGCUCUUCCAGCAGUUGUCUUAUAUACGGCUAUACACAGACAAGUUAUAUUUGCAUGAUUUAGCAUAAUUACAUUAAUCAUUAGCGUUUUGUUUAAUUCAUGUGACCCACCAAUACUGGUUCAUAACACGUGACAGACCAAUACCUCACGAGAAUUCUUCUCUCUAAGCUGAGACCUUGAAACUGAGAUCUUUAGUUCGUUCUCAAAACAAGGUCUGGGCAUACUGCCAAAUUGCAGAUACUGAUAGUGAGGAUUUGUUAAAUCAGUCACUUGCAUGAACACAGAAAUUGGUUAUUAGAACAGCACAUGAAUAGAACACAGACAUUUGUUAUCAGAAAAGCACAAACAUUAAAAUUCCCAUUACAAUAGUAAUAUUUAGCAAUAUUUUGAGAAUAAAGUCGAAAUAAAAUGUUGAGAAUAAAGUCGUAGUUAUAUUUCAA